AUGGCCGCGUUGUACCCGUGGGUGCCGGCGUCCAACGCUGCGUACACACUCGCUCGGCGCGUGGUGAACCGCCUCACCCCCCACACACGCAACACGUACCCGCUGCCCAUCUUCGACGGCCCCUUGCCGGCGGAGGUGCCGGAAUCCCUCCUCCUGCACGGGGUACGCGCUUCGCCUGACCCGUUCAAGUACAUGGAAGACCUCUUUGACCGGCGCACGCAAAGUUACGUGCGUGCGGAGCAGCGGCACUUUGCGCUCAUAGACGCCAAGAUGGACUUCAAACACUCCAAGGCUCGGCUCUGGGCGGAGCUUGACGCGAAAGUUGUUAUUACAAGCCGCGAAGGUGGCUUUGACAAGGGUGAGGAGCGCAUAGGCGACUACGUGUAUUUCACCCGCGUGGUGCCAGGGGGCGAUCCCAAUGCCAUUGGUUUUUAUCGCAAGCGCUUCGGCGAAGUGGACCUGCUCGCGGAGGAUCUUAUCAACCCCACCACGCUGCAGCAGCAGUUUGGCUACGAGAAAUGCAGCGUCGGCAUCUGCCGUGUUUCACAGGACGGAAGGUACCUCGCCUACACACUAUCCGUAGAGGGUGGCGACCGGUACAUAUGUCACGUGCGCAGCCUCGACAACGCAAGUCUGUUCCACGUAAUACGUGGGCGCAACAUUGUAAGUAUCGAGUUUGGCGCAGACAACCAGUUCUACUUCACUGAGUCAAAUGACCUUAACCGACCGUACAUGGUGAUUAUGCAGGAGAUACGCCCAGGUAUCUUGCCACCGCCGGUGGAGCUCUACCGCGACGACGAUGAACAGUUCUUUGUGGAUGUGCAUAAGACGAAGGACAAUGCGUACAUUGUCAUUACUUCAGACUCCAAGGUGAAGAGCAGCGCACGAGUGGUGCCCGCCUCGUUCCCAAAGAUCUCACGAGACCUGGAAGCUUUUUUUCCCGACGGUCGCCCGGUGGAGAUUGCCAGCAAGGAGAGCUGGAGUUGGCUUGAGCACUACAAGGGACACUUCCUUAUGGUCGUGGCCGAUCGUGGGCCUAACUACCGUGUCGUUUACGCGCGAGAGGAAGUGGUGCUCAAGUAUGGCAGGAGCGCAGAGUGGAAAGAGCUCAUUCCGUACCGCGAUGAUGUGCAGAUUGUAGACAUUGACCUCUUCGAGGAUCGUAUUGUGCUGUACGAGGUCCACUUUGCCUUUGAGCGCAUUAAUCACAUUCGUAUCAUAAAGUGUGACAAGGGCCUUGACGAUGCGGCGCGGCAGAACCGCGGGGAUGAUAUGGUGCUCCACUUCCCUCCGCUUGCCUCUGUCACGCCUGGGUUGAACAAAAAUUUCAACCAAGAUUCUUUCAGCUUCGUGUACAGCAAUAUUUGUCAGCCGAGCAAGGAUUGCGUGUUCAGUUUCGAGAGCAAAAUGACCGCAGAGAAUAGCCGUUUGUGCGCCCCUGAAGCACUCUUUACACAGCGUCAGUCAGAGCAGUUCACACCGUGGGACUACAUGUGGCCCUACAGCAUUUACCGCGACCUGUGCAUCUCCGAGGACGGCACAGAGAUCCCCAUCACUAUUUGUCACCGGCGCGACACCUUUGUGCAAGAGGCGACCGACUUUGAAGCGCAGCCCAACACGCCAAAGCACUGCCUCAUUUAUGUGUACGGUUCUUACGGCGAGGUACCCUCUAUGCAUUUCCAACUCGCUCCCUACAUGUGGAUGCUGCGCCGCCGCUGGGUCGUUGCCUUUGCGCACGUGCGCGGUGGCGGCGAGCUACCUAACUGGGCAGAGCAAGGGAAAGGCAAACAAAAAAUUAAUGCCGUGCAUGACUUUAUUGCUUGCUGCGAGCACAUGGUGAAGAUGGGUUACACAAAGCCAGAGCUCAUGGUGGCGGCGGGGAACAGCGCAGGGUGUGUGCCCAUCGCGGCCGCCAUGAACAUGCGUGGUUGUGGCCUAUUUGGCAACGCCCUGCUGCGUGCACCCUUCCUCGAUGUGGUUAACACGAUGCUAGACCCCGAUUUACCGCUCUCGCUGGCGGAGCGUGACGACUGGGGCGACCCGCUGCACCGCGCGGAUGACCACGCCCGGCUGCUGCAGUACGACCCGUACCACAACAUAAACGACCGCGUGACCUACCCGGGCAUGAUGGUCUCCGUCUGCCUCGACGACGAUCGCGUGCCGCCGUGGAACGCUCUAAAGUACGUGGCGAAGCUGCGACACCAGCGACUGCGUAAAGACAUCGAUCCUGUCGCCCGCCCGCUCGUGCUUCGGGUGCGGAACAGCGGCGGUCACUACACCUGGGGCGACACGGAGAACAUCUGCGAGGAGCUGUCCUUUCUCUGCUCACAGCUCGAUCUCGAGGGGCCAGGGAAGGUGCUGAACGACAUGGAUAUCAUGACGCACAUGCACAACCUCACAGCCACUGGCGCAAUGGACCACGACGAUCAGGAGAAGGUCUUCCUCAAGUGGGACAACUGGGAGCGGGAGCGCAUCGACUACCACGUGAAACUGCACAGCUUCAAUUGGGAGCCGAACUUUCGAAAGAUCAAGGCCGAAAAGGAGCCAUUCUUUUGGGUGCCAACAGACAAAGAGAUGGAGCAGCGCAAGGUGGACGAAAUGUUCCAGGCAAGGGAACGUGACGCGCGUGAGCAGGGGAAGAACGAGGCUAAAACAGGCAGUACAGGACGUGCCGCAGGGAGAAACAAGUGGGCAGAGGAAAAGGACCGGGAGUCGUAG